AAUUGGUCCUGAGAUACGCCAUUUGUAAUGGUCUCUUAAGGUGACGAAAAUACAACCCGUCUCUCUCUUUUCAGUUCUGUUUCCGAAAGUUGCCGUAUACUUCUUCAGUUUCUUCAGUGAAGUAAAAAAUGGCCAAGUCAAAGAAUCAUACUAAUCAUAACCAGAAUAGAAAAGCUCAUCGCAAUGGCAUUAAAAAGCCUAAGCGUUAUAGACAUGAAUCUACUUUAGGAAUGGACUUAAAGUUUUUGAGGAAUCAACGAUUUGCAAAAAAACAUAAUCUUAAGCCAAAGGCUCAGUUAAAAAGAGCAGAAAAGCGAAAGGCUCUUCGUGAAGCUUCAACGAAAUAAGUUGUAUUAUGUUUUUAUUAAAAUAAAAUUGUAAAAUUACUUAA